AUGGAAAACGUCGAACCAUCAGCAGCGCCAUAUCGCCAUGGCAGGGAACGCAAGGAUGUUGAAGACACAUGGCGCCGUGAGAUCUCGAGCGACUCCGACCAACCGAGAGACAAUGAGACUCAAGCCGGCGUGAGAGAAGUCGAGGCCAUUGCCACGGUCUGGUCCAAAACCACCCGCAUCGCCGCCUACGUUCUCAUCUGGAUCGUCUACUUUGCAAUGCUAAUGCAGCAAAACGCUUCGGGGUCUCUAACCCCCUAUGUCACCUCGGCCUUUUUGUUGCACUCCCUUACGCCCACCGUGACUAUUCUCAGUAGCGUCAUUGGAGGAGUCUGCAACCUGACCAUCGCCAAGAUACUCGACAUCUUUGGUCGACCCCACGGUUAUGCCUUUGCCCUGGUGAUCACCACAAUCGGCCUCAUCAUGAUGGCGGCAACUGAGAGCGUGGAAAUGUACGCCGCUGCCCAGGUGUUCUGGGCUGUCGGAAACAACUCGCUUCUUUAUACCGUGGGCAUUUUUGUCGCUGAUACUACCUCCCUACACAACCGUGCCCUGAUGACGGCACUGGCAUCGUCUCCAACAAUUGCAACAAUUUGGUUGGGAGGUCCCAUCGCAGAGGGCUUUCUAGGUGGCCCCGGCUGGAAGUGGUGCUAUGGAUUUUUCUGCAUCGCCAUUCCAUUCCUGUGUCUCCCAUUAUUUGGCCUGUUGGUCUGGAACACUUCGAAAGCAAAGAAACAAGGUGUCCUUGUCAUCGAGAAGAGCUCGAGGACCCUCAUGCAAUCAUUUAUCUACUAUGCCCGCGAAUUUGAUGCUAUUGGUCUUUUACUAAUUACAGCGGGCCUCGCUCUGUUUCUUUUACCAUUGAAUCUCUACGCGUUCCAGGCGGAUGGAUGGCGGUCACCAUUGAUCAUAUGCCUGCUAGUCUUUGGAGUGGUCCUGAUAAUCCUGUUUGCUCUAUGGGAGAGGUUCCUCGCCCCCGUUACCUUCAUGCCAUUUUCACUACUGCUUGAUCGCAACAUGGUCGGUGCAUGCCUCCUCGGCGCUGUCCUCUUCGUCAGCUACUACUGCUGGUUCGCCAUGUUCACCUCCUACCUCCAGGCCGUUAACGACCUCAGCGUCACGAAGGCCAGCUACGUGGCCAACGCAUACAGUGUCGGCAGUAGCAUUGCCGCCAUUGCCACUGGAGUGGUCAUUCGUUAUACCGGUCGCUACAAGUUCGUCACACUUUACGUCGGUAUCCCAAUCUACGUCCUAUGCAUGGGCCUGAUGAUCCACUUCCGAUAUCCAGACUACAACGUCGGUUACAUGGUCAUGUGCCUAGUUUUCCUCUCCAUCUCCGGCGGAAUCCUCAUGGGAACGCCACAAAUUGCCGCCAUGUCUUCCGCAAGCCACCAGGAACUCGCCGCUGUUGUGGCCGUCCUCUCCAUGUUCUCCAGUGUCGGCGGUGCAAUCGGUGCCACGGUUUCCGGUGCCAUCUGGCAGGACAUCUUCCCCAAGAAGCUUCUUGAAUAUCUUCCGCUCGAGGAGCAGGCCAAUUUCCUGAUGAUAUAUGGAAGCAUCGAUGUCCAGAUCAGCUACCCAAUUGGCAGCCGUACGCGUAUUGCAAUUCAGCGAGCGUACGCCGACGCUCAAGAAAUGAUGUUGACGGCUGGCACGGCUGUCUGGGUGCUUGGGUUGAUAGGCGUCGCGAUCUGGAGGAAUACCGACGUUCGAACGCUGAAACAGGUCAGGGGUAAUGUUAUUUAA